AUGUACGUCCAGAGUGCACCAGAGGACGCUCACCAGCAACUCGUCGCCUGGCGGCCCAUGUCACAACGGAGGUCUUCCAACCGACAGCAGCAGCAACAUCUUCACGAGCCUUGCUGCAAGACAACCGACAUGGCCAAACCCUCACUCCAUCUACCCAGCGGGCCAAUGUCUAAUGACCUGGCCGCGCAGGCCAGACCUCGUGCCUCAUGUGAACCGCCACAGCCUGCAACCCGCGCACACCGAAAACAUGAACCAUCCACCCGCUCAUCGAACACAGCCUUCAUCGCAAACAGACGGUCAACAAAGCGCGGACACGACAACAAACAACAAGACGUUCAAAGUCAUGCGUCGUCGUCGUCGCUACACCUCCUUCCUACAGGACCUGAACCCCUCCCCCCGGCGUGAGACCGCAGACCGUAGACCGCAGAAAGGGGCCCAAGAUCUCACGGGAGCAAUCUGAUAGGCCAGGCGAUCUCAAAGGUGCAACACCGAAAACAACGAGAGAGGACUUGGCCAGUCGUCCUGCAGCAGUCUGACAUGGCUAGGACACAUACCCGUUCGGCGGGAGUGGCCCAUCCCAUCCCG